CGCAGUCAGAUGGAACAUGGUGCAAAACCUCUGGGAAAAUAUAGGCUCCCAUAAUAUUUUGCCAUAUUUGUAGCAUCACUAAAGGCUCCCAAACCUCCAGCCUCUCAAGGCUCCGGCGAGCAGGCGAGCAAGGCGAUGUGCAACGUCCUAAGUAUCCGGGCAUGUACCAGUGCGGGCGGGUAAACAGUGGGUCCAACACCCGCAAUAGGUCAAAUCGCUAGGUUUGGUAUCGCGUCAAGUAACAAAGAGGGAGCUUCGACGCGUGACGGGCCCUGCAUUUGACAAGCCCAUUCUCACGCCCUGAUACCGUUGUUCAAGAUCACCCACCUAUUUCAAUACCACUGUCAAUACAACCGCCUGUCGGUUCAUUUAUCGCUGUGAUCAAACACCGACCAAGGAACCGUAGUCCUUGUCCUCCCUCCCCCAUGCCUUACAACACAACGGCAAUCCCUCCUCGGAGAGAGGCCACUGGCCAGACUCAGCUCCCAUUGACGAGGGUGAAGAAGAUUGUAGCCCUCGACCCGGAUAUCAAUGUGUGCUCCAACAAUGCAGCCUUCAUCAUAACGCUCGCCACAGAGAUGUUCAUCCAGCACCUUGCGGGCGAGGCCCACAAUAUGGCCAAGAUGGACCGCAAGCCCAGGCGAAACGUUCAGUACAAGGACUUGUCCAACGCCGUCCAGCACCAGGAGAACCUAGAGUUCCUGCAAGACAUGGUGCCCAAGACGCUGCCCUUCAAGCAGAUCAGGGAGCAGGCCGCGGCGACCCAGGCCAAGCUCAGGGGCGAGAGGCCCAGCGAUGACGGAGAGAACACGGGCGAGGGGGACUCGCAGCUGGCCGCCCCGGCGCCCAACGGCAAGCGCCAAAAGUCCUCCAGUGCCAACGGCAAAGGGGCUGCCCACCGCCAGAGCAAUGGCGCAUCCGUCAAGGGUGGUGCUGCCGCCGCCUCGCCCUCGUCUUCCGGCGGCGGCGGCGCCAACGGCCACCGUGCCAGCAUCCUCUCCGAUGACGACCCCAGUACCCAACUGGAACUGGAGAUGAGGCAGGCAGGCCGCAAGGGCGGUGGUAACGAUGCGGACGACGACGUCGAGAUGACUGGUUAGGAACGGAUCUGUCUCGCUCCGCAUCCAGGUGGUUUUUAUCGUAGUUGAACCAUGGUUGAGAAUUCCACGCCUGGCGCACUUGUAGAUGCAACACUGUAAGGGGGCAGCGCUUGUAUUCAUACCAAGUAACUGGCGGCUACGUCGCCUAGAUUGCAACAGCGUUGCCACUCGUGUCUAAAGCUACUCCCGACUAGACAUCCAAUCGCCUAGAGAUACUGUUCCCUGUCAAAGGAGUCGUCCCGACUCUUCCAACUCUUAGCUUCGUUUGUCC